GUGCCGAAUAGCCAGCGGUUGAGCCAAAGAAAGCAAGUACAGGAAGUUGCGCCAACCAAAAGUCUAAUUAGCAAAACUUGGCGUUAGACUAUUCAAAGUUGUGUGUGUGUGGCGUUUUGUGUGUAGAACCGAUGUUAAUAUGUAUCACCUGAAGAGUUUGGCUCGCCAGGGCGCUAUUCGCCAACAAGAAUUGACCACUUUGGUCAAGGCUCUCCCCACCGCUGUGCUCCAGACGCGUGGCUAUACUGCCGAGCAUCAGAUACCCGAUCGCCUUAAGGAUGUGCCCACUGCCAAGGAUCCACGCUUCUUCGACAUGGUCGAAUAUUUCUUCCAUCGUGGUUGUCAGAUAUCUGAGGGUUCCCUCAUCGAUGACAUGAAGGGCAAGCUUUCUCUGGACGAGAAGAAGAAGAAGGUUAAGGGUAUUCUUAUGCUUAUGCAACCCUGUGACCAUAUUAUUGAGAUUGCCUUCCCCCUGCGAAGGGACUCGGGCAACUACGAAAUGAUAACUGGCUAUCGGGCGCAGCAUAGCACACAUAGAGUGCCAACGAAAGGAGGUAUUCGUUUCUCAUUGGAUGUGUCACGCGACGAAGUCAAAGCCCUUUCCGCGCUGAUGACCUUCAAGUGCGCCUGCGUCGAUGUGCCAUUCGGUGGUGCCAAGGCCGGCCUGAAGAUUAACCCCAAGGAGUAUUCCGAGCACGAGCUCGAGAAGAUUACACGCCGCUUCACACUUGAGUUGGCCAAGAAGGGAUUCAUUGGACCCGGUGUCGAUGUGCCUGCCCCCGACAUGGGUACUGGCGAACGUGAGAUGUCCUGGAUUGCUGAUACCUAUGCCAAGACCAUUGGUCACUUGGACAUCAAUGCACACGCUUGUGUGACUGGCAAGCCCAUCAACCAGGGUGGCAUUCACGGUCGUGUCUCGGCCACCGGUCGCGGCGUAUUCCACGGUCUCGAGAAUUUCAUCAAUGAGGCCAGUUAUAUGAGCCAGAUUGGUACUACUCCCGGCUGGGGUGGUAAGACAUUCAUUGUCCAGGGCUUUGGUAAUGUGGGUCUGCACACCUGCCGCUAUCUGACUCGUGCGGGUGCUACCUGCAUUGGAAUUAUUGAGCACGAUGGCACCAUCUUCAACCCAGAGGGUAUUGAUCCCAAGCUGCUGGAAGACUACAAGAACGAGCACGGCACCAUUGUUGGCUAUCCACAUGCCAAGCCAUACGAGGGCGAGAAUCUGAUGUUCGAGGAGUGCGACAUUUUCAUUCCAGCGGCCGUCGAGAAGGUCAUCACCAGUGAGAAUGCGCACAAAAUUCAAGCAAAGAUCAUUGCCGAGGCCGCCAACGGACCCACAACACCAGCUGCCGAUAAGAUACUCAUUGAUCGCAAAAUUUUGGUCAUACCCGAUCUGUACAUCAACGCCGGCGGUGUCACCGUUUCCUUCUUUGAGUGGCUGAAGAACUUGAACCAUGUCUCGUAUGGUCGUCUGACCUUCAAGUACGAGCGCGAGUCCAACUACCAAUUGCUCGCCUCAGUCCAACAGUCAAUUGAAAGAGCUAUUCUGGACGAAUCCGUGCAAGAGUCCCUGGAACGUCGUUUCGGACGCGUCGGUGGCCGCAUUCCUGUCACACCAUCCGAAUCGUUCCAGAAACGCAUCUCCGGUGCAUCUGAGAAGGACAUUGUCCACUCCGGCCUGGACUACACCAUGGAGCGCUCGGCGCGCGCCAUCAUGAAGACGGCCUUGAAGUACGACCUGGGUCUGGACUUGAGAACCGCCGCCUAUGUGAACUCCAUCGAGAAGAUCUUCACCACAUACCGCGAUGCCGGCUUGGCUUUCUAAGCACUUCAUUGCAAAGCCGGAGAGCAAACUUAACUAGUUUUUAAAGAUAAUAGAGAACUCACCAGGAAUAUGCACCAAUCAGCGUUUUAGCAAAUGUCACAAAUGCAAGCUCUACAUGAAAAUAAUAACUAUUUAGGCCACAUACCGGCGAGAGAAUCAAAUGUGUCCUACCUAAUAUAUAUAGAUACCUACAUAUUUGGUGGGGAUCUUGUAAACCAAACGAAGCCAUUUUACCUUCGCCGUAUUAAAGCGUUUUAAGUUGAGCAAGUUGCGAGCUUUUAAUAUUAUACACCAGAUACGAUGAUAUAAUUUUUAAAAUAUUGUUGAUUUUCUGUAAUUUUUAAGAUUUAAACGCCCGUUAACGAGAGUAAAAGUUAA